UGCCGCUCUAGCCUGUUCCGGGGCUCAGUGGCGGGCGCCGCAGCUCCGCGUCCCCCACGCCUCCCCUCCUCUCAGCGCAGGCUUCUUGGCGUGACCUCCAGACCCCUCUUUUCCUCGAACCCUGAGCCGGCAGCAUGCACGGUCGACUGAAGGUGAAGACGUCGGAGGAGCAGGCUGAAGCCAAAAGGCUAGAGCGGGAGCAGAAGCUGAAGCUAUACCUGUCCGCCACCGAAGCCGUCUUACAGAAGCGCCAGGCGGGCCAGCUGGAUGAGUCGGUGCUGGAGUUAACGAGUCAGAUUCUGGGAGCCAACCCCGACUUCGCCACCCUCUGGAACUGCCGACGACAGGUGUUCCAGAAGCUGGAAGCCCAGAAGUCCCCAGAGGACUUGGCUGCUCUGGUAAAGGCUGAGCUGGGCUUCCUGGAGAGCUGCCUGCGGGUGAACCCCAAGUCCUAUGGCACCUGGCACCACCGCUGCUGGCUGCUGAGCCGCCAGCCUGAGCCCAACUGGUCCCGGGAGCUGGAGCUGUGUGCCCGCUUCCUCGAGGCGGAUGAGCGGAACUUCCACUGCUGGGAUUACCGGCGGUUUGUGGCUGCCCAGGCAGUUGUGCCCCCUGCAGAGGAACUAGCCUUCACUGACCACCUCAUCACCCGAAACUUCUCCAACUACUCCUCCUGGCACUACCGCUCCUGCCUCCUGCCCCAGCUGCACCCCCAGCCAGACUGUGGACCCCAAGGGCGCCUUCCUGAGGAUGUGCUGCUCAAAGAGUUGGAGCUGGUGCAGAACGCCUUCUUCACGGACCCCAAUGACCAGAGUGCCUGGUUCUACCACCGCUGGCUCCUGGGCCGAGCUGACCCCCAGGAUGCCCUGCGCUGCUUGCACGUGAGCCGGGAUGAGGCCUGUCUGACUGUUUUGUUCUCUCGGCGUCUCCUCGUGGGACCCGGGAUGGAGACCUUGCUGCUCAUGGUUGAUGAGUCUCCCCUGGCUGUGGAGUGGAGGACCCCGGAUGGCAGGAACCAGCACAGCCACGUCUGGUUCUGUGACCUGCCUGCCGCCUCCCUCCACGACCAGUUGCCCCAGCACACGUUCCGUGUCAUUUGGACGGCAGGCAAUGCCCAGAAGGAGUGUAUCCUGUUAAAAGGCCACCAGGAGGGCUGGUGCCGGGACUCAGCCACCGAUGAGCAGUUGUUCAGGUGUGAGCUGUCGGUGGAGAAGUCCACGGUGCUACAGUCUGAGCUUGAGUCCUGUAAGGAGCUGCAGGAGCUGGAGCCGGAGAACAAGUGGUGCCUGCUCACCAUCAUCCUGUUGAUGCGGGCGCUGGAUCCCCUGCUGUAUGAGAAGGAGACCCUGCAGUACUUCCAGACCCUCAAGGCCGUGGACCCGAUGCGGGCUGCCUACAUGGACGACCUGCGCAGCAAGUUCUUGCUGGAGAACAGCGUGCUCAAGAUGGAGUAUGCCGACGUGCGCGUGCUGCACCUGGCUCACAAGGACCUCACUGUGCUCUGCCACCUGGAGCAGCUGCUCUUGGUCACUCACCUUGACCUGUCACACAAUCGCCUAGAGACCCUGCCCCCAGCCCUGGCUGCCCUGCGCUGCCUCGAGGUGCUACAAGCCAAUGAUAACACCCUCACAUCCCUGGAUGGCAUCACAAACCUGCCCCGACUACGGGAGCUCACACUGGGCAACAACUGCCUCCGGAUGCUCUCCGUGCUUCAGCCACUUGCCUCCUGCCCCAGACUGGCUCUCCUCGACCUGCAGGGCAACCCUCUGUGCCAUGCAGAGGGCAUCUCGGAGCAGCUGGCCGAACUGCUACCUUCAGUGAGCAGCAUUCUCACCUAAGAGGAAGCCCCUCACCCUUAACUUAUUGGGACUAAAAUAAAGAAUGGGGACAAACAAAAAUAAAGUAUACCCGCUGUGCCAUCC